AGUUGCUGUUGAAACAUUAAACAUAGCGGUCUUAGUAACGGCAGUACGCGGUGAAAGAGAAAAAGGAAUUUAAUUAAUGAAUCGAAAAUAAUUGUGUAUAUAUACCACAACAAGACGUGUAUUAAAUUUUUAAUUUAUAAUUUAUAAAACGGGGGAAAAAAUACCAACGAAAAAGUAAUAAAAUAUGAAAUAAGAUAAAAUAAAUUAAAGUGAAAUUUUAACAGCAGAAUACAAAUUGUACAAUUUGGUAAAAGAAGUGUUAAAAUUAAUUAAAAUAAGUAAACGAAUUAAACUACAAAUAGCCAAAACGAAUGUACUUGAGUUAAUUGGUCUUAACAACUGACCUUAAGAUUUUUAUUGUUGUAGUUUUAUUACAUUUUGAAUAAAAUUUAUAAACAUGACUUCGUUGUCAUUAAAUUUAAUGCGUGUAACCUGUAAUACAAACACGUUAACAGCUUUGGCUGUUGCUGGCAGAUAUUCGUUUAGAUCAAACUCAUCAUCAGCACAACCAUCAGCAUCGUCGUCGUCGGUGCCGCCAACAACAACAACUACAAAGUCUAGCAAUUUGUUUAAACAAACUAAACGUCAAAAUUCCUCUGCCACCGCUGAUGCUGCCGAGGUCACUGCUUGUCCUCAUUUCGCUUUUAAUACGACCGAAUCAACAUCGACCGUACACCAUACAGCUGAAUGGCAAAAUGCUUUGCCGUAUCAUGAAAUACCUGGACCAAAACCUAUACCAAUAUUAGGCAACACCUGGAGAAUGAUGCCCAUCAUUGGACAAUAUACCAUAGGUGAUGUUGCCAAAAUCUCCUCUCAACUACAUGAACAAUAUGGGCAGAUAGUACGUUUUAGUGGUUUGAUUGGUAGACCAGAUCUGCUGUUCAUAUACGAUGUAGAUGAAAUUGAGAAAUGUUAUCGUAAUGAAGGUCCCACACCCUUUAGACCCUCGAUGCCAAGUUUAGUUAAAUAUAAGGGAGUAGUAAGAAAAGAUUUCUUUGGUGAACUUGGCGGAGUAGUAGGAGUUCACGGUGAGCCCUGGAGAGAGUUUAGAUCAAGAGUUCAGAAGCCUGUUUUACAAUUAUCUACCAUACGUCGUUAUUUACAACCUUUGGAAGUGGUUACUAAUGAUUUUUUGGAGCGUUGUGAAUCUUUAUUAGAUGCCAAUUCUGAACUGCCCGAUGAUUUUGAUAAUGAAAUCCACAAAUGGUCUUUGGAAUGUAUUGGACGUGUUGCUUUGGAUACUCGUUUGGGUUGUUUAGAGUCGAAUUUAUCACCCGACUCUGAGCCUCAACAAAUUAUAAAUGCUGCCAAAUAUGCUUUACGUAAUGUAGCUACUCUGGAAUUGAAAGCACCCUAUUGGAGAUAUUUUCCCACACCAUUAUGGACUCAUUAUGUCAAGAAUAUGAAUUUCUUUGUGGAAGUUUGCAUGAAAUACAUUAAAACAGCAACAGAAAAUUUAAAGCUGAAAGGACCCUGUACCAAUGGUGAACCUUCACUAUUGGAAAAGGUAAUUUUAUCACAAAAAGAUGAAAAAAUUGCCACUAUAAUGGCCUUGGAUUUGAUCUUAGUUGGUAUAGAUACGAUUUCAAUGGCUGUAUGUUCUAUGCUUUAUCAAUUGGCUACCCGUCCGGAGGAGCAGCAGAAAAUCCAUGAAGAAUUGAAAAGACUAAUGCCAGAUCCCACACAACCAUUAACCAUACAAUUAUUAGAUCAAAUGCAUUAUCUAAAGGCUUUUAUCAAAGAAGUAUUUCGUAUGUAUAGUACGGUUAUAGGUAAUGGCAGAACAUUACAAGAGGAUACUGUAAUCUGUGGUUAUCAAGUGCCCAAAGGAGUACAAGCCGUCUUCCCCACCAUAGUCACCGGCAAUAUGGAGGAAUAUGUAUCAGAUGCUGCCACUUUUAAGCCUGCUAGAUGGCUUAAACCAAGUCAAGGUGGCAUUGAGGGUAAAUUGCAUCCCUUUGCUUCGUUGCCCUAUGGCUAUGGAGCUCGCAUGUGUUUGGGUAGACGUUUUGCCGAUUUAGAAAUGCAAAUUUUAUUAUCAAAACUUUUGCGUAACUAUAAAUUAGAAUAUGAACAUGAACCCUUAGAAUAUGCUGUUACAUUUAUGUAUGCUCCAGAAGGUCCUUUAAAAUUUAAAAUGACCAAGUAUUAGUAGUACAUGUGUAUGUUGUAAGUUAUUUUUAGGUUAUUAUGUUAAAUUUAUUUUUAUACUAAACUUUGUAGCGAAUAAAAAGUAAAUAUGUAU